AUGGAUAAGAUACCAGCAAAGCACCUAAUUCAAAAGGGACGUAUAGUGACCACCUGGUCUAUAUGGCCGGUGAAGGAGCGGGUCUCGAUCUUGCGCUGUUUCAACUGCCUAGAGUUUGGCCAUAGAGCUGAAAGGUGUACUGGAGCAGACAGAAGAGGUGAAUGCAGGAACUGUGGCCAGGCAGGACACCAGCGGAAAGACUGCAAGAACACCUCGUUUUGCACUACCUGCAAGACAGCUGGACAUCGAGCAGACCAAAUUAGGUGUCCUGGUUUUAGGAAACUGGUGAACCAGGCAAGGAUAUCAAGCCUGGUGUCCAGAGGAUAG